CCUAAGAAUGCAUGCUGUCUGACUGUUUACAGUUUUAUUAAUUUUAAAAAAAAUCAACUUCUAUUGCGCACUACUUACAGAAUUAAUUUACAUCAGUAUUACAAAAUAAAUAUGAGAAGAGAAGUAAAUGUUGCACGUGGCUAUGAAAAGAUUUUAAAACACAUGUGCGCGGUAACUAUAGUAGCCAUUGGCUUUCGAGCUCCGAAAAAUACAUUAUGCAGGAAUACAUUACUGAAAAUACAUUAAUUAAUUGGUAACUGUCCUGCCAUUUCAUGAUCGGUCUCCAUCAAAGAGCCAAAGGUUGAAUUGUAACCUUCCGUCUUGCAAUCUUUGCCCGUUUUUACUUCCGCUGGGUUCUCCAAGUCCUCCAACCAGGAACCAGUUCUAACAAAAUUUCGUAAUAUUAAAGGAUUAAGCUUUAAGUGGUUAUCUGUCACUGUCAGAACAAAACAAGUAAGCGUCAAAAACACCCGUCUUGAAAAAAAAGGUACUCGGCUUAAACGGUUGACAAUUUAAUCACUCUAAUGAGUGAAAAGAAUAAGAGUUUGGUCCAAUUGUUUGCUUAAUCUUUCCCACCUCGCUCGCCUUUUGUGUUGUCCAAGCAACGCGUCAAAAGCAGAAGAUUAAAUAAAGCAAAGAGUAUGCAAAUUGGGCAUCUUUUCUGUGCCGGAAUGUAACCAAGGAAUAUACAUCAACACUGUAAACUGAUUUUACUGAAGACUACAUGCGCGCAGGGUCUUAAAUGUCGGCCCUAGCGGUAUAUAAUUCACCUUUCAAUCUUCUUCUCCGCGAUAUCGGAAAAGAACUGAAACUCAACGAUGUUCGUUACAUGAAAUAUCUUUUACAAGGACACGUCAAUAAGGAGACUUUGGAACAUCUCGAUUCAGGACUGGAGCUCACGGAGCUGCUCAGAAAAAGAGGCUUGGUGUCCGAAAAGAAACUGGCUUUUAUGAGAAAGCUUUUGAUAGAAGCCAAAUGUCUGAAGCAAGUCAACCUGGUUGACGAGUUCAAGGAGAAAUUUACUUCUGUCACCAUUAUUGGUGAGAAGGAGCAAAGCCAGCGAGCCUCCAGGUUGAACAACAGGCGGGAAACUCUACUGCGCAUGAUCGAGAGCGUGGAAAAUGAAAUUUGCACAUGCGAGGACGCAGAGACAGAAAUCACUAAUCAGAUCAAGGGGUGUGAAGUGCAAAUUCAAGCCAACAACGAGAAUCUAGUCACUGUCGAGGAAUCUAUUCAAAACUUGAAAAACAAGAUCGUUGAACAGGAGGCCGAGAUAGAAUCGUUUGAGAGAAAACUGGAGACGGUUCGAUUCUUCUUGAAAAAGCGGCAAGUGGAGGUCGACAAGGUUAAGCAGAAACUUGAUGAGAACCACAGCAGUGCGGCGAUAAAGCGAGAAUUAAAGGAGAAACAAGAAGAACAUGAAAAGGGGAAAAGAGAUGAAGACGAGCUCAUCGCAAAACAUCAGAACGCCCUGGACUUGAUUAGGACGGCGCAUGUCGAAAUCAGGCACAAGACACAGGAUAUUAUUGCACUGGAGGAUAAUAUUCACGACCUUCUGAUGCAGAUACGCCAACUGAAGCAGAGCGCAAGGAAAAAUCAGCGCACUUCGUCCGAGUUACAAGAGAAAUUGGAAAAUCUUUCACUUGAACUUGAAGAUACGAGGCGUUUGAAACCGCUGACGCCUUUCUCAAGACCUAAGAGCCAAUUUUCUUUGAGUGGUAAUCAUGGUAACACCAUGGACGAGUCACACAUUACAAGGAGACUGGAAUAUAAGGUUCUUGACUACGGCGAGAUCUCAGAACGCGAUUCAACUGUGAUUGGUCGAAAAGGAAAGCGCGCUAAUCCUCCUCAAUUCCAGUACCCUUCCAGUGUGGCUGUCGACAGAGGAUUGGGAAAUAUCUAUGUCGCUGAUUAUGGCAACGCGCGCAUUCAGAUCCUGGAAUUGAACGGUAACAUGGCGCGGGAGCCUCUAGUCUUAGGCGGGAAAUGUCGGCCAUGUUCCUUGGCGGUUAGCUUACGGGGAGAUCUGGUGAUGACUGACUCGCAGAUUUUACGGGUUUUUAGCAAAACGGGUGAACUGAUUCGUCCCAUUUUACCCGUAUACAGCAAGAACGACAAACGACCCGAGCUUAGCGCUGUGGCCUUUGACAUUCUCGGAAACAUCUACGCCGCCGACAAGGCGAACCACAGAAUACAAAAGUUUACAUUCGAUGGGAACUUUCUUUGUUUCAUUGGAGGACUUCACGACUUGCACUGCCCCAUGGGGAUUGUCGUCAAGAAAAACGGUGACGUCAUCGUUACUGAAUAUGAGAAUCAUCGACUCAAAAUCUUCAGCCAAGAGAACCUAGGCGAGAGUAAAACAAUUGGCACAAGGGGGGUAGGGUCCGGCAAGUUUUUCUGCCCAAGAGGGGUAGCACUUGAUCAGAAUGACAAUAUUUUGGUGGCAGAUAGUCAGAACCACAGAAUUCAGGUGGUUUCUUCAACUGGCGAAUCACUUGGAACAUUUGGGAUGAUUGGCUCCGAUCCCGGAUGUCUUGAUAACCCGUAUGACGUUGUCAUGGAUGCAUCUGGGAAUAUCAUUGUAGCUGAUGCUAAAAAUCACAGGUUGCAGGUUUUUACGAGGUUUGUGCCUGUCUAUGCUGACCCUACAAUGUAUGAUGAAGAGUAUGAGUCUGCGGUUGUUACUGUAGAUGAAGAAGGACUGGAAAUGAAUAAUGAUGACGCAGAGGUUCAACAUGGCAUUAGUGAUGCUGAAACCAGUGAAAAUCCUAAAAGGGUGACCGUGCAAGAAACAAGCAAUGAUAGAAAUCAACAGCAAACCACAGGGACUAAUAAAGUUUUGGAGGAAUCUCAAAUGUCAGGAGUCGAAAAUGGAAAAUUCUUCAGAGAAGAAUCUUCAAGGCAAGCCUCUGGAGACCCAAGAGAAACGCAGAUUAACAACAAGUAAUGAGAUCAGGAAGACGUUG